AUGGGUUUCAAACUUUCUCUUCUCCCUUCCAUCUUUCUCUUCCUUCUGUUCUUCUCUCUGCCACCAACUCCUCUCAGGCUUAAACUGUUUGAAGGAAUAGGAGUCAAUUUGGUGAUUGGCACUGGUGAAAGAAGGGAUCACAAUGUCAUAGAGCCAAGAUCUAUCACCCAACUCUCAUGGCAACCAAGGAUUUUUCUCUAUGAGGGCUUUCUCUCCGACGAGGAAUGCGAUCACCUCAUCUCCCUGUCGAAGGGUAAACUUAAAAAAUCUACAGUCAUAGAGGGCUACGGUGGUGAGAGCAAGCUUAGCACCGCGCGAACUAGUUGGGACAUGUUCCUGAAGCCAGGUCAGGAUGAAAUUGUUCGUCGAGUCGAGAGCAGAGUCGCUGCUUGGACCUUCCUCCCAGUAGAGAACGGCGAGGCCAUACAAAUACUCCGUUACGAGAAGGGCCAACUGUUUGUGCCGCACGUCGAUUACUUUAAAGAUGUAAAAGGGAACAAAAAGGGAAAUCGAGUCGCGACAGUACUCAUGUACCUAGCUAAUGUUACACAAGGCGGGGAGACAGUCUUCACGAAAGCAGCGGCGAAUCGACAAAGGAAAGGUGAUUCUCUCGCUUUCUGUGCUUCAACAGGUUUUUCAGUGAAACCGAAGAAAGGCGAUGCCGUGUUAUUCUUCAGCCUGCAUCCGAACGGCACUUUGGAUGGAUCAAGUAUGCAUGGGAGCUGCCCAGUAAUAGCAGGGGAGAAAUGGACUGCGACGAAGUGGAUCCAUUUGACACCCUUCAGUUUUCUCUCGUCGAGUAGACGGAGCAAGGAAUGUGAAGAUGAGAACGAGUCCUGCGCGCGAUGGGCCGCGAAAGGCGAGUGUGAGAAGAAUCCUGAGUACAUGGUAGGCACUGAGGAGUCUCAGGGUUACUGCAGGAAGAGUUGCAAGGUGUGUUCUUGAGUAGAUCAAAGAAGUUUGGCUUGGUGUGAUGGUUUUUAUUGAAUUCCAAAGACAUUUAAGAGAAAGAUUAGUUAUCAUCUAAUCUCACUAGUUUCGCUAAAAGAUAAUUCCAAA